AUGGCGUCACAGCGGUGCCUCGCGGGAGGCGGCAGCCCAGCAGCGGGAAGGUCCCUGUGCAGCCCCGGUGUGACCCUGUUGCCCUCGGUUCCUCCUCUGAGCUCUGUCCUUGGUGGGACACCAGCGGUGACGUCAACGUUCCCCAAACUGCUCCCCGUGACGUCACUGCGUGCAGCACAGAUCUUUCCCUCCGGGUUCACAGAGCCACAGAAUCAUCAGGGCUGGAAGGGACCCCCGGAGAUCACCCAGUUCAACCCCCCUGCCAAGGCAGCGCCACCUGGAGCAGUUGACACAGCACAACAUCCCGGCGGGGGCCAAGGUGGACCUUCAGGCGGAAAGGCAGGAAAAGCUGGUAAAGGUAAAAAAAAGCAAAGAUGGGAUGAAGAUGAAUUUCCUGAAGCGGGAGAGGACUGGCCAGCUGCAGUCAGAUCCCCAGAUCAGCUGGAGCUGACUGAAGCUGAAUUAAAACAGGAAAUUACACGUACCUUGACGGCUAAUAAUCCCCAUGUUCCCCGGGAUAUUGUCAGAUUCAACUUUAAAGAACGAGCAUACAAGCUAGUGGACGAUAUGGAUCAAACAGCCGUUCACUUCACUCUGAAUGGAUAUUUGAUACACAAAGAUUCAGAUGAAGGCAGACGCCAGAGUAUCAGAUCAAGCACUGAAGCAGAAGAGACUCCUGCUGAGGAGGAAAAGGCUCCUGUAGAGGCUGCUGCUGAGCCAACUGAAGAGGGAGAGACUAAAGAUGAAGAACCCACAGAAGCAGCUGAGGCUGAAGGAGAGGGACAGGGAGAAGGAGGAGGAGAAGGAGAAGGGGAAAAAGAACCUGAAGUCGCUGAGGCAGUAGAGGAAGAGCCUCCUCCCAAAAAAGCACCAGAAAGGAAGCUUGCAAACCAGUUCAACUUCAUUGAGAGAGGUUCAACUACAUACCACUAUCCUCUGCGGGAAAAAGGAUUGCAGACUGACCCUGCACCUUUUGAAACUUUCUCAGAGAAUGUUAACCAGUGGUUUAUCUAUGAUUCCUAUGUGGAGGAACUUGAGAGAAUGGAAAAGGCAAAAGAGAAAGAAAAAGCAAAACCUGUGGCAGUAAAGAAAGAAGAUCAGAAAACUGGAAGAAAGUUAUCCUACGUGGAGCCACUGCACGUUGAUUCUCUAAGCAAUGUUGCAAAGGCUGCUAAAAUAGCAGAACGGAUGGUGAACCUGAACACGUAUGAUGACAUUGCACAAGAUUUUAAAUAUUUUGAGGAUGCAUCAGAUGAAUACAGAGGCCAGAAAGGAACUCUCCUCCCACUCUGGAAGUUCCAGUAUGAAAAAACCAAGAAACUUGCAGUUACUGCCCUCUCCUGGAAUCCAAAGUACAAGGACCUAUUUGCAGUGGGGUAUGGUUCUUAUGACUUCAUGAAGCAGGGCCACGGCAUGCUCCUGCUCUACACGCUGAAGAACCCCUCCUUCCCAGAGUACUCCUUCAGCAGUGAGAGUGGUGUCAUGUGCCUGGACUUCCACAGUGACCACCCCCACCUCCUGGCAGUGGGCUUCUACGACGGCAACGUGGCCAUCUACAACCUGAAGAAGGCAAGCCCCCAGCCCAGCUACAAGAGUGGUGCUAAGUCAGGAAAGCACACAGAGCCAGUGUGGCAGGUCAAGUGGCAGAAGGAUGACAUGGACAGCAAUCGCAACUUCUUCUCUGUCUCCUCGGAUGGGCGGAUUGUUUCAUGGACUUUAGUUAAGAAUGAGCUGGUUCACAUGGAUGUCAUCAAGCUGUCAGCAGAUGAAACAACGAUGCAGGGGCCAGAGGGGCUGCAGCUGCAAACACUUGGCAGUGGGAUAUCCUUUGAUUUUCACAAAAAGAUAGACUAUUUGUUUCUCGUUGGUACUGAAGAGGGCAAGAUCUAUAAGUGUUCAAAAAGUUAUUCAAGCCAGUUUCUGGAUGUGUUUGAAGCCCAUCACAUGGCUGUGGACACAGUCAGCUGGAAUCCCUUCCAUUUGAAAGUCUUCAUUUCCUGCAGCUCUGACUGGACAGUCAAGAUCUGGGAUCACACCAUCAAGACUCCACUUUUUGUUUAUGACCUGAGUACUGCUGUAGGGGAUGUUGCGUGGUCUCCUUACUCCUCCACGGUGUUUGCUGCAGUCACCAUUGAUGGCCAGGCCCAUGUGUUUGAUCUGAACGUUAAUAAGCUUGAGCCUCUCUGCACCCAGCUAGUGGUGACCCGGAAGAAAAAUAAAACAACACACGUGCAGUUUAAUCCUGCCGACCCUGUUAUCAUUGUUGGAGAUGAACGAGGCCUCAUCACCUGCUUGAAGCUCUCUCCCAAUCUGCGCAAGAAGCCCAAGGAGAAGAAAGGCCAGGAGAUGAAGAAAGGUCCCGAGGAGGAAAUAGCAAAACUGGAGAAGCUGCUUAGCCUGGUGAGACAGCCAGGGACCAAAGAAGAGCAGUGAGAGGGGGGAAUGAUGACUCUGUGGGCAGCCUCUGACCAAACAAGCUCGGCUUUGAUCGGUGGCUGCUUGGCAUGCAAGCCACGGGCCCCUGCUGCCCACUUUUUGCACAGCAGGAACACUUUUCCUCUAUGCCCAG